CAACUCUUCCUCCGCCCCGACCCCGCGCCCGGCGUCCUCCGCGGUUGCGCCAGCUGCGUGCACCGCCGUUCAAAACGGGCCCGGCGUUCUCGGGGCGGCCCGCGUGCUGCGCAGGCGUGAAGGGCCAGGCGCUGCAGCCGCCGUCAUGGCCUGUGUCAACCCUGUGCCUAAACUUUACAGAUCUGUAAUUGAAGAUGUAAUUGAAGGAGUGCGGGAACUGUUUGCUGAAGAAGGUAUAGAGGAACAGGUCUUGAAAGACUUAAAGCAGCUCUGGGAAACCAAGGUUCUGCAGUCUAAGGCAACAGAAGACUUCUUCAGAAACAGGGUUCACGCACCUGUCUUCACCCUGCAGUUGCCACAGGGCUUGCACCAGACAUUGCAAUCAACAGCAUCAUUAGUUAUUCCUACUGGUAGAACUCUUCCAAGUUUUACCGCAGCGGAACUGGGCACCUCAAAUUGCAAUGCAAACCUGACUUUUCCUGGUUAUCCUAUUCAUGUGCCAGCAGGUGUGACGCUACAGACUGCAUCUGGUCACCUUUAUAAAGUCAGUGUACCGAUUGUGGUGACACAGACCUCGGGAAGGACAGGUGUGCUUCAGCAUCCAAUCCAGCAAGUACUGCAGCCUGGGCAGCCCUCGGUAAUACCCACCAGUGUUCCGCCCCUGAGCCCAUGCACUCUUCAGGCAACUACUGAGAACUCACAGCGAGUGGAGACUGUGCUGCAACAACCUACGCUUCUGUGUUCUGCCCCUGGGAGGAGGAAGCACUUAGAAACUGGCACCAGUGAUGUGGUUGUGCCUCCUGCAACUGAGCGUACAGUUACGUCUGAAGCUUUGCGGAGUCAGCAGGGGAGCUCUCUGUGCAGCCAUCUUCCAGGUGGUGCUUUUCCCUCGCACGUCUUGGAGACAGAUUCUACUGUGGAUUCAGGGCUGCGUGUUUCAACCAGCAUGACUCAAAAUCUGCGUGGUGGGCCCCUCUCCACAAGCCCUCAGGGGGCUUCCCGCCAGCAUGGUGACGCUCAGCUUCACAUUCUUAAAAACAAGAUGUAUGGAUGUGAUUCAGCAAAGCAACCAAGAAAUACAGAGGAACCCUGCAGUCUGCCUGUCUCAGAGAAGGAAUCUAAUUCUCAGGUGGAUUUAAACAUUCAUAAAACCGAUGAUGAUACUAAUGAAAUAAUUCAAAUAGAUGGGACCGGUGAUGCAUCUUCCAAUGAAGAACUAGGAGGUUCAAGAGAUGUAGAUGAGAGUGAAUUUCUAGGAAUUAUCGAUGCAGGAGAUCUGAAGGUACUUGAAGAAGAAGCUGACAGCAUAUCAAAUGAAGGUUCAACUGCAAACAGUAGUGAUAAUGAAGACUCCCAAAUAGGCACUGUGGAAGAGGACCCUUUAAAUUCCGGAGAUGAUGUUAGUGAGCAGGAUGUGCCAGACCUGUUUGACACGGAUAAUGUAAUUGUCUGUCAGUAUGAUAAGGUACUGUAUUCACCCACUGGACCUUGGCUUAUUAAUUACCUUUAGUAGAAAGAUAUGGAAAGUGAUGGCAAAUACAAUGAUUCAUCGAAGCAAGAACAAAUGGAAGUUCUAUUUGAAAGAUGGUGUUAUGUGUUUUGGAGGGAGAGACUAUGUAUUUGCAAAAGCCAUUGGUGAUGCAGAGUGGUAAACCUUAUGAGCUCAGUGUGUUACUUUUGUAAACAUCAGUGGGGCUAUAUUGCAGAUUGUGAAGCUUAUUUCUGUUUUAAAUAUAGUCCAGUGUAGAGCUGCUCAAAUUUCUAUUUCACUCAAUGGAAUUUAAUAAAAUUAUAGUUCAGGUGUAGGUACCA